AGGCGGUGAUUGCUGCUCCUGCGUUAGGCGGUGAUUGCUGCUCCUGCGUGUUGCUUGUGCUGUGCAGGGGCUGGUGUUGCUCUUUUUUGGUGUUGUCAUCUUUGUUUGAAGUUAGAAGGUUCAAUCACGGUCUCAUCUACAGAUACGAUAUGGCUGAUUCAACCGACAACUCUGCUGAAACUAGUCAACGUAAUAAAAAAAGUGUUAGAGGUCCCACUAUGUUGAAAGCAAUUGAAAACGUUCGUAAAACGGGUAUAAAGAUCCCUCUCCAGUUUGAUCUAGAAACUGGAGAGUGUUAUGGUAACAAUGCCUCCCAUUUUAAGAGUUACGUAGCACUUCUUACUCGAGAAAGAUGCAGUAUUGCGAAAGAGUUGUGGAAACAUAUACCUGAAGGAGUAAAAAAUGCUAUGUGGACAGAUAUUAAGGCUAUUUUUGUUAUACCCGAGUUUGAUGAUGCAAAAAGGAAUGAUCAUUUUAAGAAAAUAUGGUUUCACUAUGCGGCGGAGCGGUGGAAAGAUUUUAAAUCACGGUUGACUAGAACUUAUAUCACAGACCCCAAACCAGAUGACGUUCCUCCAUACGUCAAGUAUCCUUACAUCAAAAAAGAUAUAUGGGAAGAGUUUGUGAAGUAUCGACAGACCUCUGAUUUUAAGGAAAAAAGUCAAAAGGGUAGGGAGAAUCAUGCAAAGAAUGUUUACCCACAUGUAUUAUCCCGUGGAGGGUAUAAGAGGCUCGAGGAGCAGAUGAUCAAUGAAAAGAGAUUGUCCUUAUCGAAAGAUAGUUCUGGCUUAACUGAUGAUGAUCGUCAUCCAUCUCCACCGGAACGCUAUGAGACAUGGACGAGAGCACGACAAAAGAAAGGGGGAGAAUUCACAUCCGAGCCUGUAAAAAAAGUUGCUGAGAAAAUUGAGAAAAUUGUUGAAGACUCAAAAAAGGGUGACUUUGUUCCAACGGGACGUCACGAUGUCCUAGCAGAAGCCAUUGGAACACCUGAGCAUGGUGGUAGUGUUCGUGGUGUUGGAAAAAAACAUAACAUUACCACUUACUGGGGAAGAUCAAAGGUUUCACGUCAAAGUCAAGGUAUAGAUGUCAAAGAGCAACUAGCAGCAUUUAAAGCAGAUUUGGAAGCUAAGUUUGAGGAAAAGUUGGCGCAAGAGCGUAAGAUGAUGCAAGAUUCUCUUAUGGAGACACUAAAGUCCAUGGGUUUAUCCCAAACCUCUGAUACAAAUAAUAGAGUCAUGGUACCUGAAGCGCAAACUGAACAACUUGUUGUCACCGGAAGCGCAAAAGGGAGUUGUUCUCCUGCACCGGUCAAGAUGCAAAAUGAACUCAAGGAGGUUGUUGUCACUGAAAGCGCAAAAGGAAGUCGUUCUCCUGCACCGGUAGCAGAGGCUCAAGAUAACAUGGACGAUGUUCAGAAAUUGUUAAUCAUGGUUCUGAAAAGGGGUGAUGAUCAUUUGGAUGUAGAAUUAAUUCAUUGUUCAAUGUGUACUAAUUUUCUCAUGUCUUGCAAGUGUAUAAGAGAGUUGUUGGUGGGUUCUAUUUGGCUCGACAUGAGUACUCUAAGUGUUUGGUGCUCGUACAUUCAUCGUUUAUGCAUUGAAAACAACACCACAAAUGUAUAUGGAAUUUUGGAACCAACUUUUCUGAACAUUGUUGGUGAUGCUGGGAAAAAAAGUGAUCAGAGAAUAUCUCAAAGUAAAUGCAAGAAAUACAUCCAGCAUAAGUUACAAAAUGAAAAGAAAGAGUGUCAAUUAUUACCAUUUAACCAUGCGUAA